UGCGGCGCGCGCAGUUUCACUCCCUACUGUAUCGAUGAAGUUGCACAAAGAUGGCGGAUUUCCUGCCGUCCCGGUCCUUUCUAUCCGUUUGUUUUCCAAACUGUCUUCUCAACAGCAGCGAGGCGGAACAACUGAGGAAAUCUAAAGAAAUAGACCGAGGUCUUUUGAAAGACAAAACCUAUGUGAAACGGUUAGUGAAGAUACUUCUGCUCGGCGCCGGAGAAAGCGGCAAGUCCACUUUCCUCAAGCAGAUGCGCAUCAUACACGGCCAGGACUUCGACCAGCGGGCCAAAGAGGAGUUCAGAGCCACCAUUUACAGUAAUGUUAUGAAAGGUGUUCGAGUGCUUGUGGAUGCCAGAGAAAAGCUGCAUAUCCCAUGGGGAGACCCUUCAAACCAGGCAUAUGGAGACACCAUGAUGGCUUUUGACACGCGAUCAGCCAUGGUGUCACAAGGGAUGAUGGAGACCAAAGUGUUCCUGCAGUACCUGCCUUCAAUCCGUGCCCUCUGGGCUGACAGCGGCAUACAGAACGCGUAUGACCGGCGCAGGGAGUUUCAGCUGGGUGAAUCAGUGAAAUAUUUCUUGGAUAACUUGGACAAACUCGGAACACCGGACUAUCUACCAACACAGCAAGACAUCCUGCUGGCACGUAAGCCCACCAAGGGCAUUCACGAGUACGACUUUGAGAUCAAGAACGUGCCCUUCAAGAUGGUGGACGUGGGCGGCCAGCGGUCGGAGCGCCGCAGGUGGUUCGAGUGCUUCGACAGCGUCACCUCGAUUCUCUUCCUCGUCUCAUCCAGCGAGUUCGACCAGGUGCUGAUGGAGGACCGGCAGACCAACCGCCUCAUGGAGUCGCUCAACAUCUUCGAGACCAUCGUCAACAACCGCGUCUUCAGCAACGUGUCCAUCAUCCUCUUCCUCAACAAGACAGACUUGCUGGAGGAGAAGGUCAAAACGGUGGCCAUCAAGGACUACUUCCUCGAGUACACAGGGGAGCCACACAACCUGGAGGACGUGCAGAAGUUCCUGGUGGAUUGUUUCCGGAACAAGCGCCGAGACCAGCAGCAGAAGCCCCUCUACCACCACUUCACCACCGCCAUUAACACGGAGAACAUUCGCCUGGUCUUUCGUGACGUCAAGGACACCAUCUUGCACGACAACCUCAAACAACUCAUGCUGCAGUGAUGUUGGUCCAGCAAUUACCUUUCAGAUCUCUCCGAAAUAACCCUCUUCUGCUCAGAAGAAACUGACUCCAGUGUUUGUACUCCACACAGUAACCUUUCAGAAUAGCUCUGACGUGCUUUUAUGCGAAGAAGGAGGCCUAGCCUAGCGGUCUGUCAGGAGCACGGGAUGGCGGGUAGGUAUUCUCUUAAAGAGUGCGCUUCGAGAAGAGAGUGGGUCUGGCCACUCGCCCUGCCAAGAGAAGCUGUACGUGUCACCCUCUCGCCGAAGGUGCCAAACGCAAUGCGCUCCUCCCUCAAAAAGAGGAGAGAAGCGGGAUGAGAUAUCCUAGCACUGUUCUUUGAUCUGUUACCUUUGAGCCUUCUAUUACUGACCAAAUAGCGAGAUGAGAUGCAAAUGCUGUUUUAACCUUUUAACAGGAACUAUGUUCUGAGCCUUUCUGUCGAUGCCUGCCUGGCCUUAAUUUCCCCCCUCGUUUUGAUUGGUGUUUUUAACGUGUAGAUGUCUAAUCAAUUGUAAAGAUUUUAGAAUUGAGUUUCGUUUUUUUUUUUUUUUUAUAGAUCUAUGAAUAUAUUUACCGAUAAAGGCCUUAAGUUAUGUUUCAAAAGUUUACACUCUGAUUUUCCUCUGCUGAUGGAUAACGCUUACGAUUCGUACCACUUGACAAACUGAACUUUUACUGUGGUUAGCCACGCUAGGCGAGCUGAUAGAUGCAGUAUGCAUACAGCAUAAACUCAGGGCUGAAUAUAGACCACUUAAGCGUAACUGUUCGCCUUCAGGAACAUCCACUAAUUGUAGCUCUCCAUCGGUGGCUGAAAAUCACAUUUCCUUGCUGGCCUGCAGAUGACAUCCUCCGCUCUGCCCUAGCUAGAGUCUGGAAGAACUUCUUUAUCCAUCAGGGACCGAAAAACGGUUUCUUGUUAAUUUAUUUGCUUUCUUUUGAAUCUCUUUUUUUUUUUUUUUUUGUCCACAGGUGACAAUUUGAUUUUUGGUCCACAAUCAAACUAAACUGGCUUCUCGGUCAGACCCCGCUAACAAAAAGCGUCUGUAUUCACAAGUGCCGCGUGUUUUAAGGUACCAAUAAUUCGAACAAAUUUCCUUCAAAGGGAUAGAUCUUUGUGAACCUCGUUCCCUCAACAGUUGUGUAUAGCUACUUUGUAUAGUGCCAUGUCUGCCCUGAAUACUACUGUUGUAGUAAGUAUUUUAUGUAAAUAGUCUGUACCUCACUCUCCUCACCCACUCUUUUCUAACGGAUAUGUAACCUACUCUGAAAUGUAUAGCUGUUUUUUGCCACUGUGCACCCAUAAAUCCGGAGAUACUGACUCCCCGCCCGUAGUUCGCCCCAUUCAGGGUUGUUCUUGUUGCUCUUUUGGCUGGUGCAUCUCAGCUGAAUGGUGCCUGUAUUUGUGGUCUAUGCAUUCAGAUGGCUGCAGUUCGGCCUGUCGGUAGAGGACUCUUUGUCUAGUGUCGAAUUCUGCCUUACGCCCCUGGCUGAAGUCCCGGGAGGCUUGUGAAAAGCAAGUAUUACGUCUUCACUCUCCACUGACAGUGUCCUGUGUUUUCUAGUGCCAUUCACUGCCCCCCAAUGCCAGGAAACUGGGCAUUGCGGAGAUUGUCAUCAUCUUAGUGUCCAAUAUUAGUAAAGACGUAGUAUCCGCCUUAGUAUUUCACUUUACAAACUCGAAACCGUUCCAAGCACAAGAUGUUGACUGAUUUAAGUGAAUUUCAGCGUCCUAUGGUGAUGCUGAAAUACUGAGUAUCAGCCUCUAGUAUUUGCUGACUAGUUCUAGCAUGCCGAGUCUUAAAAAGUUGUAUUAUCUGCCUUUGAGCUUAUAGACCUUCAUAAAGCAAGUGUUGUGUUAAAACCAAAACCCAAAGGAAUAGCUGAGGACGCUUAUGAGUCCAAGACUUCCUGCAUCUGGGAGCCUUGAGGGCAAACCCAAGUGCUUGUGCAAAUGAUGUGGCUGUCUGGUGUAGCCGUGACAGAUGUGUCAGAAUGAGCAUCAGCUCCUAACGGUUGACAUGUUUAAAGGAAGGCAAUGCUGCAGAUAGAUACACUACUUUAGCUGUAUUCCUCCUCUGUACACUGCUGAGGUGUGAUUUUGUCGCAGUUCUGUUGGCUUUCAUUAGCCAUUCACGUUUGUUUGUUUUCCGCUCUUCCUGCAAGAAUUGUUAAGGAUGGUGUAUAAAGAAAGGAGUCUUUCUCACUGUAGCCUUUUUACGAAACGUGAUUCUGAUCAGAGAUGGCCGAUUUGCUGUUUUUGGUUUUGCCCAGAUAAUCAAGUUUAUAAUUAUGCAAGAAUUAUGCCUGCCACAAAGUAGAAUUCCUAGUGCCUCCAGUUUGAUGCCUCGGACAUUUCUGGUCCUUUUUUUUUUUUUGUACUUAGCUUUUUUUUAAAUUUGAUUAAUGUGGAUGCUUUGAGUCCUCAUAUCGAAAUAAUUCAUGGUAAAGAUUUCACGACUCUUGUGCUCAGUACAGAAUAUAGACCUGCUUUCAUUGUACAGUCUAACCUAUGCUUCCUCAUUCUUCAUCAUUGACCCAAUAAAAUCAUUUUG